UUUAUAAUUUUAAUCUUUCAUAAAUCUUGUACUGUAUAUAUAUGUCCUCCAAUGAAUGCUUGCGAGCACGUUUUUGUGGAGAAGUAUACUAUCAAUUUGAUAGCUAAAAACAUGGUUGGUUAUGUGUGAAGCUGAACGAACAAUAGCCCUUUAAAUUUUUUGAAAAGAAUUACAUUAAUAUAGGUAAAAAAAUCUCCAAAUUUGUAAAAAAGAAUUUUAGUUGAAAUUUUUAAUAAACUGUUUAUAAUCUCCUAAAUCUAACAGCCGGCCAGGCCUAAAGGUUCAUAGUAUAAUCAUGGCAACGCCAGCUUAAUGAAACUUUAUAUUUUGUUCAAAAAUAUCUUAGUGAUAACAUAUUUUUCUCAACCGGUUCUAUAUAUAAACCAAUGCAGAGAAUGAAAAAGAACCACAAACUCGGACACUACAAAUUGCAAUAGACUUGUCGCAAAACGUUUACCAUGGGCUCAUUUAAACAUAUGAUGAAACCCAUUACAAUAUGAGGAUUAAGCUGAUUAGUGGCCCAUUAAGUAGCACAUAGGCCUUUUUCGAGAAGCUCCCAUUGCGAUGACUUGGUACAAUCUUUGACUUGACAUCAGCAUCGUAUCUCUAUAACGCUGACCAAUCCAGAAACCUAACCUAAAGAUGUGAAACGAUAACUCCACAACUCGACUCUUUCCACGUGUCACAUUAUUCAUGUACCUACACAUCGUUAGUUAGGAGAGAGAGAGCAUAUUAUAUAAAACAAUAGCUUCGGUGUGAACUUCGGAGAAUCUGUGGUUCUUGGGUUAACCGGUUAAGGGGAUAUGUAAUUCAAAGUUGGUUGCACAGCUUCCCACCUACAAUUUAACAAACAAAAAGCUUCAAUUGAUGUGCAUUUCAAAUUUUUUUUUAAUAUUGUCAACGUGGAUGGCUUGUUCGGAGAGACCCUUUCACAAGCAAUCUAUGUUAGUAUUUUACUUGGAGUUGCAUGAAGUAAAAAGUUAAUUUGUAAUUCGCCUUCUCGUUAUGAUCAAUUUUGAUAGCACAAGGCACAUGACAUUAACACGUUAUUUGAAAAAGAUUUGUGCGUAUUUGAUAAGAUUACCCAACUACUUUACCGUCCUCACUCUCUCACCCAUUGAAACUAUACGCUUUUUGGUUUCAAAAUUCGAUGUAACAUAUAUUCUCAUACUUUUUAGUUUCUUUAACCAAACAUGCAUGUAAAGUCAACUGAACAAUAUAUUAACAUGAAAAGUCAACAAUGUUCUUAACUCUAACUUUCACCAAGGAUUAAGGUGAACCAAAUUACUCACAGACGAAUAGUUACUCCCACAAGGUCUAUUUUAAUCUCUUAGUCCAAUUACUUUUUCUAUGAACAGGAGUACAUUAUAUGCACUCCAAAAGUACAUCCAUAAAUUAUGACAGAAUCCAUUGAAAAACCUUUGAACAAAAAUAUACAUGACAGAAUCCAAGUUACAUGAAAAAUUAUAUAAAAUGCAGUGCAAUAUUGACAAAAAAAUAUACAGCAUAUACUAUCACGUGGAACGCUUCUAGAAUAUAAAGUUAUUGAAAACAAUAGGGGAUAAUAUAUGCGGUCUUAUUUACUUUUGAAUAUAAUAUUGUGGCUCAAAGGCACUUGGCACAUCAGGCCUAUGCCAAGUGGAAUUGACCUUGGCUCAUCCAGGUUAAUUAAGUGAUUUGCAUUCACAUCCCUAUAUAAACGAAUGAAAUGGAGAAGGUAUGAGUGCACCCUGCGCAUUGAUAUUUAUAAAACUCAAGUCCUCUUUUUCAAAUUUAAGAAACUCCUUUUGGUUUUUCGAUCCUUUUGCAAGAGAACCAAACUGUUACUAGACUCUUACGAUCUGUCUAUAUAUAUUUUUCGAAAUUACGAAAUAAAGAUGGGAAGAUCACCUUGUUGUGAUAAGAAUGGAGUGAAGAAGGGACCAUGGACGUCUGAGGAGGAUCAGAAACUCAUCGAUUAUAUUCGAUUUCAUGGUCCGGGCAAUUGGCGUACCCUCCCUAAAAAUGCUGGACUCCAAAGGUGUGGAAAAAGCUGUCGUCUUCGUUGGACCAAUUAUCUAAGACCAGACAUCAAGAGAGGAAGAUUUUCUUUCGAGGAAGAAGAAACUAUCAUUCAGCUACACAGUGUUAUGGGAAACAAGUGGUCCGCAAUAGCAGCUCGUCUACCAGGAAGAACCGAUAAUGAAAUAAAAAACCAUUGGAAUACUCACAUCCGUAAGCGACUUGUAAGGAGUGGCAUCGACCCUGUUACUCACUCCCCACGCCUUGAUCUUCUUGAUAUUUCCUCACUUUUAGUGGCACUUAUCAAUCAACCAAACUUUUCAUCAGUAGCAACACAUGCAUCGUCUCUGCUUCAUCCUGAUGUAUUGAGGUUGGCCUCUCUUCUCUUGCCCCCUCAACAACCUCUCCAAGACUUUAAUCCAAUUUACGCACCGAACCUAGACCAAAAUAUUCAAACUCCAAUCACAACGGUGUCGUCUCAAGACUCUCAGCUACAAGCCGAGUGUACAACUCCAGUAUCAAACAACGAAACUUCAUCUUUCGAUCCUUUCAUGAAAGCAAGACUUGAGGUCAGUCAUGAAGAUGUAUUACCACCUUUGUCAGAGAGUUUUGACUUAGAGUCACUCAUGUCAACGCCACAACAAAAUAGCAUUGAAGCAGAAGCCAACUCCAGCAGUUUCUUCGACUUUGGGUUUCCGGAUAAUUUUACCCUUGAGGAAUUUAUGUUAAAUUAAUUAUCAACGUAUGCAUAUCUCUCACUAUAUAUGUCUCCUUUUCCAUACCUACGAUUCUUGAUUUGUUGCAUUCUUUGGUGAUUUAAUGUAUAAACUCAUUGCUGUUUUUUUGUAAAAGAUUGAUAUAUUAUUAUAUUAUUUCAUGAAUGUGUAACAUAUUAAUUAGACGAUAUUUCUUAACUUUUCUCCACAUCAUAUACCCAAAGAACUAGAGUAAAGAACUAAACAUAUAUAGAAAUAUAAGUAUCAGUCAAACUAUAGUAAUAAUAAUUAUAUAGUUGAAAUUGUCUAGCUUCGAGAAGGGAUGAAACGAGCAUAUAUAGACAACAUUGUUCUUACUUUACAAAAUGAACACGGCUCUCUGCGUAGCAUAACAUUGUCACUUUCACGAUCACGAGUAAUGUUGAUGAGAUAAAGGUCGUGUUGGUAAUGGUGGGUGACAAGUAAUGAUAAUUUAGAGGUUAACAUGGUCGAACUUAUAUAUAAUCUUAUAUUCUCUUCUUUUUCUUAUAUUUUUCUUAUAUAUUUCUUUAUAAAAUUGGAUUUUUUUUAUUUUCUAGUUGGGUUGUUUAGUAUGUAUAAAGCCUCUUUAGUUUCUAUAUGUAUU